AUGUCAGAAGAGACGGACGUGUUGAUUUGCGGCAGUGGUUCUGCUGGUCUCUGUGCAGCUGUAUGGCUAGCUCGUUGCGGGGUGAACUACAAGAUUCUCGAAAAGCGAGACGGGCCACUUCAGCAAGGUCAAGCAGACGGCGUGCAGUGCAGAACCGUUGAGAUAUUUGAAAGUCUCGGCCUUUCCGAAGACCUCCUAAGAGAGGCAUACCACGUACUGGAGCUCGCAUUCUGGGCGUCGGACGGUGAUGACGGGAUUCGCAGAUCUCAUCUUGAGCCAGACACUGAGCCGGGUCUCAGCCACCUGCCCCACGUCAUUCUGAACCAGGCGCGAAUCAAUGAACUUAUGAUUAGAGACAUCGAACUUUCCUCUGGGCAGUCACAUAUUCAGUACGGAAGCGAUGUCAAGGCUGUAGAAGUAAACAGUCAAUCUGCGAAAGACCCAGCAGCACAUUGUGUAACAGUUACGGCAGUUGAAAACGGAGUUGAGCGCAUUUACCAUGCAAAAUACGUCUUAGUAGGUUUCACGAGUAUUCACCCUAAAGAUUAUUCGACCGCUAACAUACUGUUUAAGGGUUGCGAUGGAGCACACAGUGCCGUCAGAAAAUCACUUGGGUUCAAGAUGGUAGGAGAUAGUACCGACACAGUCUGGGCAGUGAUGGACGUCUAUCCUAGAACCGACUUCCCUGAUAUUCGCAAGAAAUGCGUUCUACAAUCUGCGGCAGGUAACCUCGUGAUAAUCCCGCGAGAGGGAGACGAAAAAGUGCGCUUUUACAUGGAGACACCCGGCUGGGGAGCAAACAAUGUCACGAUGGACAAGGUCAAGAAUCGUCUUGUCGAGAUAUUUCGCCCUUAUACCAUGGAAAUCGCAGAAAUCGCUUGGUUUUCUGUAUACUCUAUUGGGCAACGACUUGCAGACCAUUUUACCAAGGAAAACCGAGUUUUUCUCACUGGUGAUGCUUGUCAUACCCAUUCCCCCAAAGCUGGGCAGGGAAUGAACGUCAGUUUGCAGGAUGGGUACAACAUUGGAUGGAAGCUGGCUGCCAUCAUUCGCGGAGAGGCGCGGCCAUCGAUUUUGGAAACAUUUGUUUCCGAGCGGCAAGAGACUGCCAAAGAUCUAAUCGAAUUUGACCGUCAUUUCACCAAGCUUUUCUCUUCGUCAUACCGGAAGCAGCACGGCAUUACUCCUGAUGAUUUUCAAGACUAUUUCAUCAAGUCUGGAAGAUACACAGCUGGUUUGGCAAUAAAGUACAAGCCUUCUGCGCUCACGCAACCGAGUGAGGCGGAUAAACUAGCCACUGGGGUACACGUAGGAAUGCGAUUCCCAAGCGCACAGGUCGUUCGUUUAUUCGAUGCUCGAGCGAUUCAGCUUGCCAAAGCUUUGUUAUCCGACUCGCGAUGGCAUCUGAUCAUUUUUGGCGGAGAUAUAAAUCAAGGCGAAGACCGCAUAACAAAAGUUGCCAAGGAGCUGGAAGAUACACUUACACAGCUACCAAUUCUUCGAGAGGAUCUCCACAGAUUCAUACAUACAGUUUUGGUUCUCAAAUCAGAUCGAAAGGCCGUUGAUGAGAGAAAAAUACCACGCUUUUUCACGCCAAAUAGCGGGGCUCACGGCGUCCGUUGCAUUCGAAAUGUACUUGUCGAUGAUGAAUCUUAUCACAAUGGCCAUGGUAAAGCGUAUGUGAAGUACGGCGUAAAUCCUGAUAUUGGCGCCAUGGUGCUUGUUCGCCCAGAUCAGUGUAAGUCAAUGGUAACUCGAAACUAUCAUGUAGCACUGUAG